GCCGAGUAGGAUGAGACGCAUCCCAGGACGUUACAGGGCAAUUUCACUGUCUGCAAAAUAGUUUUCUUUCGUCACCUGGAUCAAUCAACAUGAGAGAGUGCAUCUCCAUCCAUGUGGGCCAGGCAGGCGUUCAGACAGGAAAUGCAUGCUGGGAGCUGUUCUGCCUGGAGCAUGGUGUCGGUCCUGAUGGUGUUUUCCUGAACGGUCCUGUGGCUCCGAAUUGCCGUGAAGAUCCGUUCAACACUUUCUUCAACACUGGGAGUUUUGGUCGUCACGUUCCCAGAGCGCUCUUCGUCGACCUGGAGCCCACAGUGAUCGACGAAGUGAGGGUUGGGAAGUACAGAGAGCUCUUCCAUCCUGAGCAGCUGAUCUCUGGAAAGGAGGACGCGGCCAACAACUACGCUCGAGGACAUUACACCGUCGGGAAGGAAAUCAUCGAUGGAGUCAUGGAGCGUGUCCGGAAAAUGACGGAUCAGUGCACAGGCCUGCAGGGUUUCCUCGUCUUUCACAGCUUUGGAGGGGGCACCGGCUCCGGCUUCACCUCCCUCCUAAUGGAGCGUCUCUCACUGGACUACGGCAAGAAAUCCAAGCUGGAGUUUGCCGUCUACCCAGCACCCCAGGUCUCCACUGCGGUGGUGGAGCCCUACAACGCCAUCCUGACCACCCACACCACCUUGGAGCACUCUGACUGUGCCUUCAUGGUGGACAAUGAGGCAAUCUACGACAUCUGCCGCCGCAAUAUGGACAUCGAGACUCCCGGUUACAUCAAUCUCAACAGGCUGAUCGGUCAGAUCGUUUCCUCAAUCACCGCCUCGCUUCGCUUUGACGGGGCUCUCAACGUUGACCUGACGGAGUUCCAGACCAACUUGGUCCCGUUUCCACGUGUCCACUUCCCGCUGGUUACCUACUCGCCCAUCAUCUCGGCUGAGAAGGCCUACCACGAGCAGCUGACCGUGGCGGAGAUCACCAGCUCCUGCUUCGAACCAACCAAUCAGAUGGUGAAGUGUGACCCUCGUCGCGGCAAGUACAUGGCGUGCUGCAUGCUGUACAGAGGGGAUGUUGUCCCGAAGGAUGUGAAUGCCGCCAUAGCUAGUAUAAAGACCAGACGCUCCAUCCAGUUUGUUGACUGGUGCCCCACUGGCUUUAAGGUGGGCAUUAAUUACCAGCCUCCGACUGCGGUGCCCGGCGGAGACCUGGCCAGUGUCCAGAGGGCGGUGUGCAUGCUGAGCAACACCACCGCCAUCGCUGAGGCCUGGUCCCGCCUCGACCACAAGUUCGACCUCAUGUACGCCAAGCGUGCGUUCGUUCACUGGUACGUGGGCGAAGGCAUGGAGGAGGGGGAGUUUGCCGAAGCCAGAGAGGACCUGGCCUGUUUGGAAAAAGAUUACGAAGAGCUGGGUCGGAUGAGCUCCGACUCUGAAGAUGAAGAAGUUUAAUAUCCAGAUAUUUCUAAAUAUUUUCCAAGCUGGAGCUAAAUAGAAAAUAUUAGAGUCUUGUAAAGUAUUACUUUUCCAAGCCUGUUGUUUGAGAAGGCACAAAAUGAAACCGGAUUUUAAAUGUACUUUGAAAUGAACUGAAGUUAAAUUUGUUUUGCAGGAACACAAUUAGAUGCUGCUUAAGGAAGGUGCUAGCUUCAUCAUUUACCUCUAAUCCCACUAUUGUAAGACUCAUUCAGAAAUUCUAGAAAAUUUUAACUAAAACCACACAAGAUACUUCAUAGUUUAAAACCUACAACACUGUUACACAUUACUUUGGUAUUAAAUCUGUUUUUUGAGGGGGAAAGUAUGUACCACCUCUGCUUUUUAAUUUCUUCUUUUUGCUUUUAUAUCACAUUUAAAUUGUCAAACAAGACAAUUCAAUUUUAGACUAAUUCAACUUAAAUGUAUACAAAAAGUUAUUUUUAAUGAUGAAUUUAUUUAUUGAUGAGGAAAAAAACUCUUAUGGAAGCGCUUAUCUGCCACGGCUUAGAAAUUAAUGCAAAAGCAGUUUCUCUCGUGAUAAGAUUUUAAAAUACAUCCCCCUUAUAACUUCUUACUCUUUCUUCUAGAUCAAGAGUUUCCAAAAUUUUCCAAUACAGCCCCAUAAACACAAUUAGCUUUUGGUGGGGGUCACCCCUUUUGCAAACCCACAGACAGUGCUACAAAAUAUUUAAAGAAAUAUGAACUUUUCUCAUAUAUAUUCCCUAUUUAAUAACUAUUACAUUCAUUUAACAUAAAUGCUGCCUCAUACCUUCUAAUUUUAGUUGGCCAUGAGUUCUUACGGUUUUUGCAUAGACCUUUCCAUUUCGGGCUUGCUAGCUUAACCAGCAAAGCAGCUUGGAACUUUAAAUGGCAGCCAAUCAGAAAGAUGAGAACGGUAAACAUUUAAAUAAAUGAUUUUAACUUGUGUUUUUUAAUUAUU